AUGAGUUCUGACUUUUCAAAACAAUAUGCGGAUUUUAUAGGGGCGCUUGAAAAGCUCUUCCACAUAAAAUCUAAUGAACCUAUCGAAGAUAUGUGCAGUAUAAUUACAAAUACUUUGAUUUCGAAGUAUCAACUUUCAAUCAAUCAACUUACGAAGUUAAUUCUUGAGGCAAUUAGAUACAAUUAUGCAUCUGGAGCGAAUUACGUCAAAAUACUCGAACAGAUCGGGGCUGACCUAACCGGAGUUUCGGAUUAUCAUUUUGAAACAGAGGACUCGAUUAAAUUUAUAGUUAUGCAUGAUCAAAUUGAUAAGUUCAAGGAAUACUUAACUCAAAAUUCAAUAUCUGAUGAUAUUUUUCUCGAAAUUCCUAAUUUCAGGUACAAUGCUUAUCACAAUAAUGAUGGAUAUUAUGCAGAGUUAUCACUAAUUGAAACAUGUGCCUACUUUGGAUCUGUUAACAUUUUUUAUUUCUUGAUUUCGAAUCAAAUCGGUAAAAUAACUGAAAGGUGUCUUAGCUACUCAGUAAUUGGAGGAAAUCAAGACAUCAUCAACGAAUGCUUGAAAGAACAUAAAAUGAAUAUUGAUUGUCUCAGAAGCAUUAUAAGAUCACACAAUCACGAAUUGCUUGAAUUUGUUUUAGAUAGAGAGAUAUUCGAGCUUGAUGAUUUAUACAGUGAGGAUUCGGAAUGGGAAGAUGCAAUUUAUAAACCUAUUUAUAAAGAUAUCAUCAGAUAUCAAAACCUUAAUGCUGUAUUUCUUCUAUUCAAAAGGAACAAAUAUUACAUCUUUCCAUGGGGUGCUGCAUUUCCGCAAACAAUAGAUAUUUUCAAAAACAAUUCAUUUUCUAACAAACAUAAUCGCACUAAAUGUGGAAUUAUUCAUUUUGCAAGUAAAUCGAAAAAUUCUGAUAUUUGCAGAUUAUUACUUGAGUCAUACAAUCAAAUUAUAGUCAACAAUAAUGAAGGAGAUGAUGAAUGUAUUUCACAUGGUAUAGAUAUUAAUGAAAAAGAUGAUGAUGGACAAACCGCACUUCAUAUUGCAGCAAGUAAGAAUAAUAAAGAAACAACCGAACUUCUUAUUUCACAUGGUGCAAAUAUCAAUGAAAAAGAUGAUGAUGUAAAAACUGCACUUAAUUAUGCAAUGGAAAAUAAUUGUAAAGAAAUAACAGAACUUCUCUUUUCACAUGGCGCAAAUAUCAAUGAAAAAAAUAAAUAUGGAAAAACUGAACUUCAUUAUGCAGCACUAAAAAUAGUAAAGAAACAGUCGAACUUCUUAUUUCACAUGGUGCAAAUAUCAAUGAAAAAGAUGAUCAUGAUGGACAAACCGCACUUCAUUAUGCAAUAG